UCUCUUUUCAUAUUACAAAAACACUCUUUUAUCAUCUUCAAGGUAAACAAAAUCUUUUGCUCUUCCCUUUGAUGUUUCGAAAUUCUCGAUUGUUAAAUCUUCUUUGGUUUGUGUGUUCUCAGAGCUAUGCAGAACCAAGCAAACGGACGAGGAAGAUUUCAUUUUGCUGAGCUUGGAACAGGAGGACUAAGAGUCAUCUGUCCACAAUGUCACGUUCCAUUCACACCUCAUCUCGGGCAUCUGAUUGCAGCUAGGCUUCCAUGUAAAAACUGUAAGGCUAAUUUAUCUUAUAGAAGCAGCACAGGAGGAACAGUGAAAUGUCCUUGUUGUAGUUCCUGGCGUCCUAUGCCUAGUCUUAAAUCUCUGGUCUGUGGUGGAUGUAAUGCAACAAUCAUAUAUCAAAAGGAUGAUCGAUCUGUUAAAUGUUAUCCCUGCAAACACAUCACACAUCCACAGGAAACAAAUGAUGGGGAUAGUUCAUUUUACCAGUUUGUUCCUCUUCAGGUUAACGGGGUUGGUCCUUUUCAAGGUAACUGGGUUAAAUUUCAAGAAGUCGACCGGGUUGUUCCUCCUCAGACUAACCGGGUUAUUCCACCUCAUGUCAACCGGGUUAUUCCACCUCAUGUCAACCUGGUUAAUCCUCCUCAUGUCAACCUGGUUAAUCCUUUUAUAGUUAACCGGGUUGUUCCUCAAACUAACCCCCUUAUUCCCCAUCAAGUUAACCGCGUUUUUCAUCCUCAAACUAACCGGGUUAACCGGAGGAACCGUAAAGCUAAUGCAGAAACUGAAUCAACUGCAACUUCUCCUUUUACCCCAAACCCUGAGAGUGAGAGCACAAGCGCCUUCGUAGCUGAUUAUGUUGCUCGACUUGUGAGGGAUUGUCCUCCUGGAAUGAGCGCAAACAAGAGAAAAGUAGAAGAAGACAAGACAAAACCAGAAAAAUAAGAAGACUCGUCUCUGAUCGAUUUUAAAAGUACUCUGUUGUACUUCACAGUUGAUCUUCUUAGUUUUGCACUUUUUGUUUCUUUUAGCUUUCCUCAUUGUUUCAUUAUGCAUUUUAGUGAUUUUUGCAGUCAAACUUGAUUUAUCUAAAUUUAUUCAAUCUACCAUUUUUUACCGUUUGUACCUUUUAA